AUGAAGUGUGCUUCAUCGCUCUGCUAUGGAGAUAACCUGACACGUGCUGCCAUCGAGGUAAUUCAAGCUCCCGGGGAUGCGGAUCUUGUGGUGGAGACUCCUAUGAACAAUGCCAGCAAUGGUGCAGCAGAGCAAAGAAGCCUGCAGAGAGCAAAGAAGCCUGCAGAGAGCAAAGAAGCCUGCAGAGAGCAAAGAAGCCUGCAGAGAGCAAAGAAGCCUGCAGAGAGCAAAGAAGCCUGCAGAGAGCAAAGAAGCCUGCAGAGAGCAAAGAAGCCUGCAGAGAGCAAAGAAGCCUGCAGAGAGCAAAGAAGCCUGCAGAGAGCAAAGAAGCCUGCAGAGAGCAAAGAAGCCUGCAGAGAGCAAAGAAGCCUGCAGAGAGCAAAGAAGCCUGCAGAGAGCAAAGAAGCCUGCAGAGAGCAAAGAAGCCUGCAGAGAGCAAAGAAGCCUGCAGAGAGCAAAGAAGCCUGCAGAGAGCAAAGAAGCCUGCAGAGAGCAAAGAAGCCUGCAGAGAGCAAAGAAGCCUGCAGAGAGCAAAGAAGCCUGCAGAGAGCAAAGAAGCCUGCAGAGAGCAAAGAAGCCUGCAGAGAGCAAAGAAGCCUGCAGAGAGCAAAGAAGCCUGCAGAGAGCAAAGAAGCCUGCAGAGAGCAAAGAAGCCUGCAGAGAGCAAAGAAGCCUGCAGAGAGCAAAGAAGCCUGCAGAGAGCAAAGAAGCCUGCAGAGAGCAAAGAAGCCUGCAGAGAGCAAAGAAGCCUGCAGAGAGCAAAGAAGCCUGCAGAGAGCAAAGAAGCCUGCAGAGAGCAAAGAAGCCUGCAGAGAGCAAAGAAGCCUGCAGAGAGCAAAGAAGCCUGCAGAGAGCAAAGAAGCCUGCAGAGAGCAAAGAAGCCUGCAGAGAGCAAAGAAGCCUGCAGAGAGCAAAGAAGCCUGCAGAGAGCAAAGAAGCCUGCAGAGAGCAAAGAAGCCUGCAGAGAGCAAAGAAGCCUGCAGAGAGCAAAGAAGCCUGCAGAGAGCAAAGAAGCCUGCAGAGAGCAAAGAAGCCUGCAGAGAGCAAAGAAGCCUGCAGAGAGCAAAGAAGCCUGCAGAGAGCAAAGAAGCCUGCAGAGAGCAAAGAAGCCUGCAGAGAGCAAAGAAGCCUGCAGAGAGCAAAGAAGCCUGCAGAGAGCAAAGAAGCCUGCAGAGAGCAAAGAAGCCUGCAGAGAGCAAAGAAGCCUGCAGAGAGCAAAGAAGCCUGCAGAGAGCAAAGAAGCCUGCAGAGAGCAAAGAAGCCUGCAGAGAGCAAAGAAGCCUGCAGAGAGCAAAGAAGCCUGCAGAGAGCAAAGAAGCCUGCAGAGAGCAAAGAAGCCUGCAGAGAGCAAAGAAGCCUGCAGAGAGCAAAGAAGCCUGCAGAGAGCAAAGAAGCCUGCAGAGAGCAAAGAAGCCUGCAGAGAGCAAAGAAGCCUGCAGAGAGCAAAGAAGCCUGCAGAGAGCAAAGAAGCCUGCAGAGAGCAAAGAAGCCUGCAGAGAGCAAAGAAGCCUGCAGAGAGCAAAGAAGCCUGCAGAGAGCAAAGAAGCCUGCAGAGAGCAAAGAAGCCUGCAGAGAGCAAAGAAGCCUGCAGAGAGCAAAGAAGCCUGCAGAGAGCAAAGAAGCCUGCAGAGAGCAAAGAAGCCUGCAGAGAGCAAAGAAGCCUGCAGAGAGCAAAGAAGCCUGCAGAGAGCAAAGAAGCCUGCAGAGAGCAAAGAAGCCUGCAGAGAGCAAAGAAGCCUGCAGAGAGCAAAGAAGCCUGCAGAGAGCAAAGAAGCCUGCAGAGAGCAAAGAAGCCUGCAGAGAGCAAAGAAGCUGUAG